AAGAGGAAUAUACAUAUUAUACGAGGACGUGAAGUCAUGCCCAUAUGAAGAUGUUCAUGUUUUGUGGUCUAUACUCGUGGAGUCUCACCCACACAAUUUGCAACCCAAACAACAAAACCUUCAUUCCAUUAGGUGCAUAGCUCUCAUUUUGGUUCAGAAAGUUCAUAUAUGGAAUGUUCAUGCUCAAGAACGAACCAGAGGAGAAACUUGUUAAUUAGCAACAUCAUUCGUAUGUAUAUAUAUGUUUCUCUCACUUGUACAUAACAAUAUAUAUACACAGAUAUUCUAUUUCCCAUAAGGUUUUAUACA